AUCGAGACAAAGAAAAAAGUUGCUGGAGAUUUUGAAGAUGACCGAACCAAAGAGGUAAAUAAAUUUUAUUGUUUUGAUUGUUUUCUCUUAGUUUGAAUCUUUGAUGAUUGUCACGAAAGAUCUAUCUUUGAUUUUAGUUUUGGUCUUUGUAGAACCAAACAUAGGCUAGGGUUUCUUACAGUGUCUUUCGGGAUAUGUUAUGGGUGAAUGAUUGAGGAAAGUGAUAAGCUUUUGAUAUCAAUUGGUUAUUUAGGUUAAACCCUUUCUGAUUGAAACCAUUACUCAGCAAAUUUGAGAAAUUUAGGAGGUUUUUGCUUUAUAGAUUUUAGGAUACUUUAGCUCAAUGAUCAUGAGAGAGGUAGAUACUGAUUCCUGCUUCUUCGUAUUUAAAGGUUUGUGAUUUUGAGUGGUCAGUUAUACCAUUGUGUUCUUUUGUUUGGAAAGUUAGCAGAUUGGAUUGAUUUUGAUGGAUUUCUUUGAAGUAUGUUUCUCCUUUUCAAAUUUUUACUUUCGCUUGUGUCUUUAGUUUCUAUUAGAUUUGAGAAUGCUUGCUGCAUCAGAACGGUACCUUUUCAAUGUGUUCAAAUAAGAUCAAUUGUGAAGUCAAUGGGCUGUGUUAUGUCAUUUUUGUGGAGGGAUGUAUAUUCAUAGAUAUGAAGUUCUAAGCCUUAUAUGGCGGUCUUUUUAUGAAGGAAUCGUAAAACAGAUAUAUUUUCUACUACACCCAUUGAAAAAGGAAAUGGAAGAGGGAGGUCUUAUUGUGUUAAUGUUCAUGGAUUUUCAUAUUCCAGCAGAAUUGUUUAACUGGGGCGUGUUCAAUGGGAUGAAGCUAAUAUAGUGGAGAUUGAAUCGAACAAACCUGUUAGGCAGAAGAUUACUGAACCAAAGACACCAUACCACCCGAUGAUGGAUGAUGAUGGUUCUUUGUCUCCUAGAGGAAGAGCGUUUGAUGAAUGUGUUGAUGAUAUGCAACGAGCUGAAGAACUGAGGAAUGUUCUGAAUGAUGCAGCAGCUUCUUCCAGUAGAAAUAGUAGCCAGGGUUCUGGUGGUGGUGGCUGGAGCUCGUCUGAUGAAGAAGAAGAAGAAGCAGAUCCAAUGGAUCAAGAUGAAGAAGGUUCUGGAAGUGGUAAAAAUGAACGUUUCAACGCACACAGAAAAGCACAUUACGACGAGUUUCGGAAGGUGAAGGAACUGAGAUCCUCAGGGUCAUUCUAUGAAGAAGAAGAGGAAGAGGAUGAUGGUGCAAAAGGUAGUAAAUCAGAGACAACAACAAACUCACGACACACUAAAGGCGGAAACAAAGAGUUAGAUGCAACCAAAACGGUAUCAGGGACGUCGUCAUCUUCAUCCCCUGAGUUAAUAUAAAACCUUUCUGUUCAAUCAAAUGUGUACUCUGCUCCAUGUUUCACAGAGAGCUCUCAAUCUCAACUAAUCUUGGUUUUUAUCAAUUUGAAUCUUCCAGAAAUUUAAGAAGGAAACAAAAACUCCCAUCAAUUAUGUGAUUGUCUUUUAUAGCAUUUUGAAUGCAAUUUCUUACUGUCACCUCUGUUCUUCCAUGUUCUAUGUUCUUACAUCAUAUUCCAAAUUUGUCAUUGUAUUUUUGUUUGAUAUGACAUUAAAACCGAACCGAACCG